AAAAAUGUGGGUUUGGGGUGAUGACAAAAAGGAGUGAGAAGGCGGAUGAUGGGACUGUUAGAUAUGUCACCCUUGCUUGUGCCCGUGGUGGGAAGGCCCGAAAUAAAUCGUUGAAUCUCGCCAAACCACAUCAGACAGGAAAGACAGAAUGUAAGGCAAAGAUUAAUGCCUUAAAAGUUGAGAGAAAGGUGCGGUUGACAACAGUUCAUAAUAUCCAUAAUCACGGCCUUAGUCCACAGAAAUCUCGCUUCUUUCGUUGUAAUAGAGAAGUUAGCGAGACUGUAAAAAGAGUCCUAGAUACAAAUAACUUGGCUGACAUCCGAAUGAAUAAGAACUUUGGCAGUCUUGUUGUUGGCGCGGGAGGAUUCGAGAACCUCCAUUUUUUAGAAAAAGAUUGUCGUAAUUACAUCGACAAAGCAAGGCAUUUGCGACUUGGGAAAGGUGGCGCUGGAGCACUUCAAGAGUAUUUUUUAAGGAUGCAGUACAAAAAUUCAGGGUUCUUUGCGUUGAUGGAUUUAGAUGAUGACGGGAGGUUAAAUAAUGUCUUUUGGGCAGAUCCUUGUAGUAGGGCAGCAUAUCAGUUUUUUGGUGAUGUGGUUACAUUCGACACCACAUAUUUGACGAAUAGAUAUGGUAUGCCAUUUGCACCAUUUGUUGGUAUAAAUCACCGCAGCCAGUUAAUUUUGUUGGGAGCAGGGUUGAUUUCUAGUGAGGAUACGGAGACCUUUGUAUGGUUAUUCCAAACUUGGUUGCAUUGUAUGGAUGGUAUAGCUCCGAAAGUUAUUAUCACAGAUCAGGAUAGAGCGAUGAAAAAUGUAAUUUCUAUUGUCUUUCCGGAAAGCCGACAUAGAUUUUGUUUGUGGCAUAUACUGAAAAAAAUCCCUAAGAAGCUUGGCUCCCAUGGUUCCUACAAAAGUGGGCUGAAAAGCGCAUUGAUGAAAUGUGUCUAUGACACUCAAACUGUUGAAGAGUUUGAGAAAUGUUGGGAUGAGUUAAUCACCACGUACAACUUGCAUGAAAAUGCAUGGCUGCAAAGUCUAUUCGCUGAGCGUGAGCAUUGGGUACCGGCAUUCUUGAAAGAGUUUUUUUAGGCUGGAAUGAGUACAACCCAGCGGAGCGAGAGCAUGAAUGCAUUUUUUGAUGUUUAUGUGCAUUCUAAGACAAACCUGAAAGAGUUUGUGGACCAGUUUGACAACGCGCUGAAAAAGAAAAUUGAGAAUGAAAAUAGCGCGGACUUCCACUCAUUCAAUGUCACAAUUCCCUGCAUAUCUAGAUCUCCAAUUGAAAAGAUAUUUCAAGAUUUGUACACGAAUGCAAAAUUCAGGGAAGUUCAACAGCAACUUACCGGCAUCAUCGAUUUGGAUCCAGUUUUACUUAAGAGGGAUGGUGUAGUAAAAACCUAUCUGGUAGAGGAUGAAGUUUGUGUGGAAGAGUUCACUAAGUUGGUUACACAUUCUGUGGACUUUAGUGAGGAAGAUGCAGCUGCAAAGUGUUCUUGUGGGUUAUUUCAGAUGAAGGGGAUAUUGUGUAGGCACCUUUAGGCCGUAUUCAAGUGUAACGGGAUCAAAUCAUUACCAGAUAGAUACAUUUUAGAUUGAUGGCGGAAGGACAUCAAAAGGAGAUACACGUUAAUCCACAGCAGCUAUGACGUAGGGGAUCAGCGGGCAGAUGCUAACAGAUAUUCAAGUCUAUUGAAUAUUUGCUAUAAAAUGAUUACUCAUGCAGCGGGUUCGAAAGAGCAUACUGAGGAUGCAACUGCAAAGUUAUAUGCAAUGAUUGACUUAUAUUCUGUGGACAACCAAGAACCCCCAUCGAUCACCCUAACGGAUUCCAAUGUUGGUUGUACGACGAAAGACACGCCUACAGCUGGUAGUUCAAAGCAAGUACUUAGUCCACAUGUUGUGAGAGGAAAAGGCAGACCCCCAUCUUUGAGGAGAGCAUCUAGGAUGGAGAAAGACAUGCGAAAGGUUAAAGCGAAGAUAAAGAAAGCACCAGUAAAGGAGAAAAGUAAACAGCGAGAUGGACGAGAUACACCAGUUAUGGAUACUUGCAGGAAUUUAUUUGGCCCUUCAGAGAUAGAUAUGUCCACAGCAGGUGGCAUGCAGUUUGUUCCAGACAACUCAGCUUUUGACAUAAGUGGAACCCAACUCCGAGAAACAGUGAUUCCAAGUCAACAAAGCAUGCAAUUUGGGUUGGAUAGAUCACAACCGGUGCAACUUGACUUGGAUGGAUCACAACCGGAGCAAUGAGAUGGUUGCAUAAUAUUCUGAUGUCCAAUGUGUAUAUUUUGGUUGUAAUUCAUGGAAACACAAACAUAACACAUUUUUGUUGUGUAUUGGAUGUAUUGGAUGCAUUGAAUGUAAUAUUCUGAUAAAUAGUUUUUUUUGUUGAUGGAAAUAUGUGGAAAUAUGCAGAUGGAAAUAUGUGGACAAAUGGAUCUUGAAAUACCUUGCUCAUGUUGUGAAAGGCAUAAGCUUGUCUUGCUCAUG